CCCGCCAGUCGUUCGGCGCAGCUGGAGGAGGUUAGGUCGGGUCGUGUUCGUCGCGAAUGUACGGCGCUUCACGGCGCACCGCGACGAUCGUCGACGGACACCCCGUCGCAGCGGAUACGCGUCGUCGAGUAGCGAGUAGUUUUUCACCCCGUCAUCUCCGACCUCUCGCGCGCUCGCUCGCUGGCGAGGGUUCGUCGCGAGGGGCAAAGUCGAUCGUUCUCCUCGUCGCAGUAACGGGGGCGAGCCUCUCCUCUCUCUCUCUUUCUCUCGCUGCACCCCGCUUCUUCAUCCCCCGCGCGCGCCGACUCUCAUCCCUUCGACGGCGUCUCAUCGUCCCCGUCUGUAGCCGGUUAUAACAUAACGUCGCCCUCGUCUCUCGCUCGUGUGUGACAUCGCACCUGUCAUCGUGACCCGUCAAUACAACCCCCAAACGGAGACGGAGGAUAGCCAGCACCGUGUGUUCCCGGCCUAGUGACCUGACCUUGGAUCGGCCCGACCAAAGUUUCGCAUCAUCGAUAUGUAUGGAUUUUGAAAUUUCUAUUUCCAACAAGUCUCGAGGGAUUGUGCAGCUAGACGCGACGAAAAAAGAAACUCCAAAAAUGUGAACGUAUAAGGAAAGGCAAAUGCCCAACAAGGCACGGCCUCGUCAAGAGUGGUCUCCUCAAUCUCCUAUAGAUGUCUUGUGGAUGUCCCGCUCCGCCAUGAGGCCGGCCGAGGGUGACGUGUCGGAUUGCAUCCUGGUGGUCGGCGUAUCCAGAUCGAAGAUGGCCGUCGCCUUCCUGUCGGUCGCUCUGCUAUCCCUCUUCCUCACCUUCCACAUACUUUACGACAGCGCCGUUUACAGCCUCCACGCGGUCUCCGCCGUCGAAGGACGCACGGUCGAGUUGGUCUCCCAGGUACGCGCGACGCCGCCGCUCCUUUUCUCAACUUCCAAGGUACACUUUCCGCGAACGAAUCGCCAUCUCCCCCAGGCCAUCAUAAUCGGCGUACGCAAAUGCGGCACGAGGGCGUUGCUGGAGAUGCUCUUCCUGCACCCGCAGAUACAGAAGGCGGCCGGCGAGGUCCACUUCUUCGACCGCGACGACAAUUACGGGAAGGGUCUGGAAUGGUAUCGACGAAAAAUGCCGUACUCGUUUAAGGGACAGAUCACCAUCGAGAAGAGCCCGAGUUACUUCGUGACCCCCGAGGUACCCGAGAGAAUUCGCGCGAUGAACGGCAGCGUCAAGCUGCUGCUGAUCGUCCGGGAACCAGUUACUCGAGCGAUAUCGGAUUACACGCAAUUGCGCACGCACGCAGCGACCGCGUCCACGUUGACCAAUGUUAACAAUGGUACGCCACAACAGCAGCAACAACAAACGACCCGCUCUUUCGAGGAGCUCGUUAUACGACCCGAUGGUACCAUUAACGAAUCCUACAGACCGGUCGCCAUCUCUCUCUACCACACGUAUAUGCACCGUUGGCUGGAGGUGUUCCCGAGGGAGCAGAUCCUCAUAGUGAACGGUGAUCAGUUGAUCGAAGACCCGGUGCCGCAGCUGCGCCGAAUCGAGAAUUUUCUCGGGCUUGAGUCGCGUAUCGGUCGGCACAACUUCUACUUUAAUCACACCAAGGGCUUUUACUGUCUGAGAAACGAGACCUCGGAGAAGUGUCUGAAGGAGAGCAAGGGUCGCCGUCAUCCGCGCGUCAGUCCGAUGGUCGUGACGAAGCUGAGGAAGUUCUUCAACGAGCACAAUCAACGCUUCUACGAGCUGGUCGGUGAAGAUCUCGGCUGGCCGGAGGAAUAACCAUUGUGGAAAGUACCGGCUCGUUGGUUGUCGACGCGGGUCGCGCACGAUCGUUUAACUAGGAUCGAAUAUCCUUUCGUCACCGAAGAAGAGACCCCGUUACCAAUCAGCGGUGAAAUUCACCACUGCGAGAAGAUCCGAGAGCUGACGUCGUCGUUCCUGGACUCUUGGGGGAUUACAUCGUUUCCAUCGACAACCAUAUCUCUGAUCUGACCUCUUCGGGGACACCGACAAGGAUAAGUAGUUUAUUUAUUAAAGUAGUUAAUUGAGCCCUUUGUUUUUUUUUCUUUUUUUUUUUAGAAAAAGAGAUGUAACGGGCUGAUGUUACACACGAUGAGAAAGAGAGAGAGCAUCGACGUUGACGGAUGCACGCGAGAGCGUCUUGUUAUUAAAUUAUCAGACGUGUACGCGUAUGUAUACAAGGACACGCACACAUGAAUGUAUACACAUACAUACACACAUGUACACAGACACAAAGUUACAAUAACGCCGGCCAAAAUAAAAUAGAGACGCGGAUCCGCGAGACAAACCGCAAUCGCUUCGCGGAUCCACGCGGCAUACGGAUCACAUUGGUCCGUGACUUUACAUAUCAAUUUUACAUAUCGAUAGUUUACAUAUCAAUAGGUUAACUAGUUCGUACGACAAAGAUUGAAUAUUUUUAUAAUCCACAUUGGAAGUUGUUAUAUCGCUUAUGUCGUUAAGGAUAUUACAUAUAAUACGCGAGGGAUCUCUCUCUCGCGACGAUCAAAAAGGAUCGAAAGUUUUAUUUAUUGCGCCCCGCGCAUGCACGAUCCACUAUAUAUAUAUAUAUCAUCGUGAAGGAGAGAAAGGAAGGGAAUAAUUACGCCAAUUCGCGUUUUUUUUUUUUUUUGGCGAAUAAAAAAAAAUUCGAAAGCAAAAACCGAACACGCGAUCUUUUAUUUCUCGCCGACUCUAUUUCUUCCCUCUCGCGGAAGAACGUUCUUCUCCAUCGUUCUCUGACACUGGAUAUCGGCGCAAGCGUUCCUCUGGGAACACGAAGAGAAGUAGGGUGGAAUCCGACCAGCCGCGAAUAAACUCGUCAGCGAUGGAUGUAAGGGCUUCGCCGAGAGGCUACGUCGUACAAAUCUUUAUAAUCGAUUAUUUUCCAAAUCCCGAUAGAGAGCUUGCAAAACGCGCGCGCGUCCGCACUGACGGAAAAAUUUGUUAACUUGACUCUAAAACCUUUCAACAGAAUUACU